UUCCGUGACGCUAUUCCCGCAGAGCCGUGGACUACGUUUAGGCCUCGCGUGGUAAGGGGCGGUUCUGCGCCUGCGCUUAUAAUCGUUUUUAAUUCAAGGUCUGCGCCCAGAAUCCAGGCUAGACCACAGGACCCUGUUCUGCCAUGUAUCGGCUGCAGGUUGUGCUGGGCCACCUGGCCGGCAGGCCCGGGUCCAGCUCCGCGCUGCAGGCCGCACCCUGCUCCGCUGGCUUCCCGCAGGCCUCAGCCGACGACGUGGUGGUGGUGCACGGACGGCGCACCCCCAUCGGCCGCGGACGUCGCGGCGGCUUCAAGGACACCACCCCUGACGAGCUUCUGUCUGCUGUGCUGACCGCGGUUCUCCAGGACGUGAAGCUGAAGCCGGAGCAGCUGGGAGACAUCUCCGUGGGCAAUGUGCUUCAGCCAGGAGCCGGGGCCCUCAUGGCACGGAUUGCCCAGUUUCUGAGUGGCAUCCCAGAGACUGUGCCUUUGUCCACGGUCAAUAGACAGUGCUCAUCUGGGCUGCAGGCAGUGGCCAACAUAGCUGGUGGCAUCAGAAAUGGGUCUUAUGACAUUGGCAUGGCCUGUGGGGUGGAGUCCAUGUCCCUGUCUGAUAGAGGGAAUCCUGGAAAUAUUACUUCACGCCUGCUGGAGAAUGAGAAGGCCAAAGACUGCCUGAUACCUAUGGGGAUAACUUCGGAGAAUGUGGCUGAGCGGUUUGGCAUUUCGAGGCAGAAGCAGGAUGCCUUCGCACUGACCUCCCAGCAGAAGGCAGCAAGAGCCCAGAGCAGGGGCUGCUUUCGGGAAGAGAUUGUGCCUGUGACCACCACUGUCCUUGAUGAUGAGGGCAACAAGAGGACCAUCACUGUGUCCCAGGAUGAGGGCAUCCGACCCAGCACCACCAUGGAGGGCCUGGCCAAGCUGAAGCCUGCCUUCAAGGAUGGUGGCUCUACCACGGCUGGAAACUCUAGCCAGGUGAGUGAUGGGGCAGCUGCUGUCCUGCUGGCCCGGAGGUCCAAGGCCAAAGAGUUGGGGCUCCCCAUCCUUGGGGUCCUGAGGUCCUUUGCAGUGGUUGGAGUCCCUCCUGACAUCAUGGGCAUCGGACCUGCCUAUGCUAUCCCUGAAGCUUUGCAGAAAGCAGGGUUGACUGUGAGUGACAUAGACAUUUUUGAGAUCAACGAGGCCUUUGCAAGUCAGGCCCUCUACUGUGUGGAGAAGCUGGGAAUUCCACCAGAGAAAGUCAACCCUCUGGGGGGUGCGAUAGCCCUGGGCCACCCCCUGGGCUGCACUGGGGCGCGACAGGUUGUCACGCUGCUUAAUGAGCUGAAACGCCGGGGGAAGAGGGCAUAUGGAGUGGUGUCCAUGUGCAUCGGGACCGGCAUGGGAGCCGCUGCUGUCUUCGAAUACCCUGGGAACUGAGGCCCUGGCUGCAGGUGCUACCCAGAAUGUCCUGUGGCAGCCAGAGAGGGACACUGCAGAAGCCAUCCAUAUGGAACACAGCACUGGAGGGGUGAGCACUGGGUGGACGAAUCACAGCACUUUAGAGAAUGUGAUCACUGGUGACACAGUACAGGAACAGGUGGGACUACCCCAUCAAGCUAGACUGAAAUGUGCAUGGACCACUCAGGCCACAAGGCCAUUGUGUACUUCUGAAGCACGAUGACCCCAUGGUUAGUGCAAUGGAUGUAGUAAAUGUGUGUUAUCUCAU